AGAUGGGACAGCGUGUGGGGCGGCCCGAAUCCUUCUGACUGGUCACUAAAGUCUUCAUCGAUGAUGUGGCCUGACGGUCAGCCGCAGCCCAAAAACAUGAAGACUGAGCAGGAGAUUCUGGAGGACCAUAGAAAAGCUGAAGAAGAAAAGAAGAAAGAAGAAAAACGAAAGCAUGAUGAUCUCAAAAGAAUUGAAGAGCUGAAAGCGGCAGCGAAGCUGGCCGAAGAGGAGAGAAAGAGAAGAAAGCAGGAAGAAGAAGAGGAGAAACUGCGAAGGCUGAAAGAGGAGGAAGAAGCGGCUGAAAGGAGACGAAAAAAGGAGGAGGAGGAAGCGCGUAAGAAAGAGGCUGCCGCGAAAAAAGCUGAACUAGAUAGGUUACGAAAAGAACAGGAGAAGAAGAAGAAGGAAGAAGACAAACGACGUAAAGAGGAAGAGAAAAAGAAAUUGGAAGAGGAGAAGAAGAGGAAACUGGAAGAGGAGCGAAGAAAGGUCGAAGAGGAAAAGAAAAAGAAAGAAGAAGAAGCAAGACGAGCGGAACAGGCAAGAAAGCAGAACGAAGCGUUGAAACGUCUGCAGGAGCAGGCGAAGAAUGCGACACCGUGGGGCACACCCUCGGCCCCCUCCACCAAUAUGUCCGAGAUACUCAAGAACGACAGGCGACAGCAACUGCAACAACAGCAGCAAACAGCAGCAGCAACAACAGCUGUUACAGCAGCAACAACAACAACAGCAGCAGCAACAACAGAAGAUGCAGUUGAAGUGGGCCGAGCACAAACCGACUGCCAAGGUCAAGACGCUGGACGAAAUUCAGGCUGAGGAACAGGAGUACCUGCUC